GGCUCUGGAAUAUAAAUGAGAGCUCUCUGCACUAGAAAUAACAGAGGGAUCCAGGAAGAAAAUAUUUCCCAUCCCAAGGGCAACUGGAAUUGCUCUCACAGAAAAAAAACUCAUCCUGUUUCCUUAUCAAGUAUAUUUCAAGGCCCUACCAUGCUGAACUGCAAGGUCUCUUGCUACCUUCAGGUCCAAGCCAUCCUUCUGGUGAUUCUUGUGGUCCAGUCCUGUGAAGGUCAGACCUGGCAGGAUUUUCAAAGAAAGCAUGUUGAUUAUCCAUUAACACCCGCCGGAAACCCCAAUGCGUACUGCAACCUGAUGAUGCAGCGGAGAGGAAUGACUCAACCUACUUGCAAAUACAGGAACACCUUCAUCAAUGCUGAUCCAUUACAUAUCCAUGAUGUAUGCCAAAUACAAGGCAAAUAUACUUACUAUGCCUGGAACUUAUUUGACAGCACAGACUAUUUCCCUGUAGUUGACUGCAAUUACAUUGGAGGUUCUCCUCCAAACUGCCAGUACCAAGGAACGUUUUACUUCCAGAAACGCAUCCGUGUGGCCUGUGGUGAACCUGUUCACCUUCAAGCUAUCUUGCCAUAGACAAAAUGAACUGCAAUUCAUUUGUUAUUUGCAGCAGCCCAAACUUCCAUGGCAUUUUUGGCAAAGUGAUAUUUUCCAGCAUGCUUAAUGCUUACUUUUAAACUUUAUCUCUGCAAUAUAUCAGGUCCAUAUCACUGGAUUCCCCCCCCCCCCCUUACAAUAAUUCUUCUGGGCAGUGGCAUCACUAGGGUUGGUUUCACCCAGUCUGCUAAUGUUACUCAUAAAUGAUAAUUCCUGUAUAUCAUUCAAUGUAAUGGGGAUUGCUGUAACAUAAACAACUAGCAAAAUUAAAAUUAUACCUUGAAAUGACAAUAUCA